CCAAACACGAUACAGGUGAUUCCAUCCUAACAACAAAAUUAGUGAUGAAAUCAUCCUAUUUAACCAAACAUGAUACGGGUGAUCCUAUCUCAACAACUAGGAUGGGAUCUUCCCAUCCCAUCCCAUCUUAUCUCACAACCAAAAGCACCUAAAGAUCUUUCGGCACACGGAACGGAACGAACCCCAGUUGUCCGAGAGAUCAGCUCUCACUCCCAUCACUUGGACUCAGCUAGCUUUACACAAGUUCCGAGACGCACUCCAUUGCAGCAUUGCCCACCAAAACCCCAGCAUAAAUACCAACACCCUGCAAAAAGCGCGUGCGUUUCCCACCAUCUCACUCCACUCCACUACUCUGCUCUCGCUCCCCCGAUCCCGAUGGAGGCCAGCCACAGCCAUGGCCACCAGUCGCCGCCGGCCCCGUCCUCGUCGGAGACCCUGAUGGCCGCGCUCCUCCACGUACCAGCCGCGCAGCUCCCCUCCCUCGCGCGGUCGCUCGCCGCCGACGCGCGCCGGCUGCGGUGCCGCCUCGCGUUCCUGCUCCUCUCCCCACCGCACUUCGCCCGCGCGCUCGCGCGGCUCCGCGCCAUGCCGCUGCGCGCCAAGGCCGCGCUGCUGGGACGCGUCCUCCUCCGCUCCCUCCUUCUGCUCCUCCCGGCGCUCUGCCCCGACAACUACGGCGGCCGGCGGCGGCCAGCACCACCUCCUCCUCCAGGAGCCCGACCUCGACGCCGCGCUGCUGCUCCUCGCCAUGUGCGACUCCUACUCCCCGGCGGCGCCGCCUCCCCUUCCCCUGUCGACUGGCGCGCGGUGAUCGUGGACGACGUGGUGGCCUCCGCGCUCUCCGCCUCCGGCCUCGGCGCUACGCCCUGGGCCGCGCGCCCCUACGUCGACGCGGCCGCCAAGUGCCGCCGCUUCGCCGACGUCGUGUCGGCUGACCGCGGCGGCGCGAUCGGCGUCGGGACGACGAUGAAGGAAGGCGGAGGGAGCGGGGCCGCCUCGCACGCGGCCGUGCUGGCGCUGCCCCCCGCGGCCGGGGACGGCGCGCCGUGCGCCAUAUGCCGGGAGGUCAUGGCCCGCGGCCGCGGCGGCGUCGGCGUGUGCGCGCUGCGGCCGUGCGGGCACCGGUUCCACUGGCGCUGCGCGCUGCGGUGGCUGGCGUGGCGCAACACCUGCCCGUGCUGCCGCGCCGAGCUGCCCGCGCAGGACGCCGCCGCGGAGACGCGGCGGCUGUGGCGGGCCGUGGAGAGGAUGGCGCGCGGCGGGUGAAGCGUACGUGGUCGAUCGAUCGCUUGAUCGAUGGGACGCGCUACCUUUGGUUGCUUUCGCGCGUCGCGGGACGUGGUUUCGAGCACUGGUGACAGAUUCUUUUGGACGACGGCGAUGGCUGCUGGGGUGGCGCUGGGGCCCUGGGAGGCUGGGAACAUACGGAAUAAUGAUGUGGAAUGAUUUUUGUGAGAUAAAUAAGCUGCGACGAACAUGCAUGGGAUUGUCGCUUGCUAAUUGUUUGUCAUACCGUAUAUCGAUCAUGAGGAGGGCGAAUGAUUUGGAUAGUUUUGUAUUGCUUUCAGUGGGUCAGUGGUCAAGUAGAGGAGAGAUCGAGGAACAAGAUAGGUAUCGUCGUUUUGCAGCCUAAAAUCGCUGCUUUUUAGGCUUUUUGGUGAUCGCGUGCGUGCUAUUGGCAAUGGCAGCGCAUCAUGGAAAGUGUGGAUAUGUAAUUGAGUCGUACUGCUGUAAUCCUUUGCUAUAGGAUUACUGAUGUGUGGUUGGAUCUAGAGACUUUAGAGGCUAA